UAGGCGUACUUGUCUGGCGGAUGGAUCGGUACCGCUGCUGAAAACCCGCCACGACGGUGUGAAAACAGCUUCGAGGUUUAAACCGGUUGUCUUUCAGAUAGGUUAGCUCGAAAGGGUUCCACAGGCGAAUAAAUGUCCGAGACAUCAGAACCGCCCAACAGCAAAGAAGAGGAGAUAACUACAUCUGAACGAGAGGAGCAAUCUGACGACAGCAGUGAGGAGGAAGCGGCUGGAAACACUGAGAUGGACUUCCUGCGGAACUUGUUUUCCCGCACUCUGGGCCUUGGCUCACCAGAAAAGGUUUUGGAUGAUUUGACCUUGGAGAGAGUGGCCCAAUACAUUCUGAGUGGCAAAUGUAAAAACAUCAUAUGUAUGGCUGGAGCAGGUAUAUCCACAUCGGCUGGGAUUCCUGAUUUUCGCUCACCUGAUACUGGCCUAUAUGCAAACCUGCAGAAAUAUAACCUGCCCUACCCGGAGGCUAUCUUUCAAAUCGAUUACUUUAAGAAACAUCCAGAGCCCUUCUUUGCCUUGGCCAAGGAACUUUAUCCAGGACAGUUUAAGCCAACUGUGUGUCACUACUUCAUGAAGCUGCUGAAGGAUAAAGGCCUCCUGAAACGCUGCUACACACAGAAUAUUGACACGCUGGAGCGAGUGGCCGGGCUUGAGAGUGGUGAUCUAAUUGAAGCCCACGGAACGUUUUACAUAUCCCACUGUGUCAAAUUCACUUGCCACAAAGAGUACAGUCUUGACUGGAUGAAAGAAAAAAUAUUUUCUGAUGACAUUCCCAGAUGUGAAAAAUGCAGGAGUCUCGUCAAACCAGAUAUUGUCUUCUUUGGAGAGAACCUGCCAGUGCGGUUCUUCACAUCAAUGAAGAUGGACUUCCCACGCUGUGAUCUUCUCAUCAUCAUGGGGACAUCUUUGCAGGUCCAGCCUUUUGCCAGUCUGGUCGGCAGGGUUUCAAAAAGCUGCCCAAGGUUGCUCAUCAACAUGGAAAAGACAGGCCAGGCUGAUCCUAUGUUAGGUCUGCUGGGUUUUGGAGGAGGGAUGGACUUUGACUCGGACAAGGCUUACAGAGAUGUUGCUCAUAUCAGCACUUGUGAUGACGGCUGUAUGGCACUUGCUGACCUGUUGGGGUGGAAGGCGGAGUUGGAAGAACUAGUGAAGCGGGAGCAUGCCAGGAUCGACGCUCAGGACAAGGAGGGAAAGACAAGUGAGAGCAAAGGCGCAAGCUCUUCAUCAGUGGCGUAAGAAGAAGUGUAGUCUUUUGGGUAUCUUAGUGGUAUUGGAGAUAGUCCUCCAUUAUGAGCUAUGUUUGUUUACAAUUGAAGCUUUGAGUGCAGGCUAACAUGAACACAGAAUUCCUUUCACAUGCCAUGCUUUUGUGUAGAUAUGUUUUUUUCUUGCACUUCAAUUAUGUGGACUUCUGAGUUUCUAUGAAUGAUGGUAUGCUAUGUCAUGUGGCGCAGUUCUAUAUAAGGUGGUAGCCAUGGGGUGAUUUUACAGCAAUAGAUAGUGAGAUUUUUCAGCUGCUUUUAACAAUAAGUUGACAACAGUGUAGACAGUGGAGGGUAAUGCAUACAAGAGUGGCAAGCUGGAUGUUCUCUAGAACAGUGGUCCCCAACAGUGGACCGGUACCGGUCCGUGAAGCAUUUGUUACCGGGCCACAAAGAAAGAAAGACCAAUUUAUAUCAUUUCCGUUGUAUUGCGUUUCGCGUGACAAAUGUAUUGUAUUUUGAAAAUUGAUUGGAUCUUCGCCGCUGCAACACAUGUCAAGACUGCACAGAACGCUGCAGCAGUUCUGUUUCCGCUCCCAGCUGACUCGCUAACGGCGGCAAGCUCAAAGAACCAAUCGUUUCAUAAAGUGAUUCAGUUCAUUAUGUUCACUGAAAAGAUUCGUUCUUUUGUACGAAACAUUCGCGAACGAAACAACACUAGACUGCACGUCGGUCACGUCAUACGUAUAAAUAAGGCCGUACGACCUCAAAUAAAAAGAAAGCUUCUUUUAAUAGAAAAUAUCAGGAGUCCUACUUAAAAUACAGGUUUAUCUCAACAAGUAACUCUCAUGCACCGAGUCCGCUCUGCAUAAUACUGUAUAUGGUGACAAGCUCGCCAACGACACGUGGAGACCAAGUUGCUAUUUCCAACAUCCUAUCUUUGUGAAGCGGACUUUUCUGCUGUGACAGUAACGAAGACAAAAUUACGGAGCAGCCUGGAAAUAAGGAACAAACCCAGGGCUGACGCUGAUUCUGUGUCAUGGUGAGUUGUUGUUGUAUGUAACAUUCGUUUUUAAGCCGGUUGUGUUCAUUUAUUUUUGCUGUGUGUGUGUUGUGUCUAUAUGUGUGUGUGUGUAUAUAUAUAUGUGUGUGUGUGUAUAUAUAUAUAUAUAUACACAUAUAUAUAUAUAUAUAUAUAUAUACAUAUAUACACACACACACACACACAUAUAUAUAUAUAUAUAUAUACACAUACAUAUAUAUAUAUAUAUAUAUAUAUACACACACACAAACACACACACCUCGACAGCGGUCGUCCAUGAAAAAAAAAUGCCUACUCUAGACCGGUUCACGGUGCAAAAAAGAUUAGGGAACACUACUCUACAACAUUUGACGAUCACUUUGGGGGCACAUUCACUAAGCUUCAUCAAAAUAUUACCAUGUAAUUAUUACCAUUGUUUCUCUUGGUAUGGUCCCAACAAUGUCCUUUGUAAGUAAAUGUGGUGGAUUGUUAAUAUACCAGUGCAAUAUUAUGAGGUUGUGAACUUUUACAGUUUAUUUUUAAUUAAUACAAAUUAUUUGCUUUGAUUCAUAUUAAUUUGCUUGCCAUCUUGAACAGCAUAUAUGUGUGUUGAUAAAAUAUUGCUGUAAUAAGGAGUGACAAAGAGAUGCAGUAACACAAAUAAGCUCACUAAAAGUAUGAAUGGGGGCAUCAUCUGGUGUGUGAGCACAAUACUAACUUGUGUGAAAAAAAACAUGAUGAAAACUGAUGUCUGGCAAUAAAUUUUAACUUUGUAAAA